CUAAAACCUCCACCUACGCUCUGAUUGACUUCACUUCCUGUUUACUUCCUUCUAAACACUGUCCCGACCUCUUUUUCUCAGUUAGUCGCCGUUGGACGCCGGAGGUACACAAUGGAGAGACGCGCAUAAGCCUCUGACGCAAAGAUAAUGGCAAGCACCAUUGAGCAGGAAAACCCAAACACCAAGAUGGAUUACAAAUAUGACAAUGGAAUAGAACUGCUGUUGGCUCACAUGAACAUAGAGGACAUCAUCAACGCUGCAGAGACUCUGUAUCAGCUUGAGAAGGAGGAGGCAGAAGAGGAAGACUUGUCGUUCGAAGAGGAAGGUCUCUCCCAGGAGGAGAUGGAUGAGAACGAGGAGGCAGGGGACUUGGUGGGCUCAGGGACUGAGCAGGAGGACUACUCUGACACGGUUAAUGGUGUUCAGUACGGGACGGUGACAGACCUCCUGUCCUUUGUCAACCGGCUCUCUAACAUGCAGGCGGCAGCAGACCUGCAGCCCCAGACACACGAGAUAGGAGUCCUGCUGAAUAAAAAAGACAUGGCUGUAAAAAAUAACCGCUACCAGAUCAACAUGGACGUGCUCCUGUUUCCAUGGAAAUUGACCUACAAGAAUUAUGGCACUGGCCUCGUGCCCAAAGGCUCAUUUGGGAAAGUCCACUUGGCUCAGGACACGGCCACCAGGAAGAGAAUGGCUUGCAAAGUGAUCCCCAUGGAAAACUUUAAAGCAGGCGAAGUGGAGUUCCAGGCCCGGUUCCGACACGAGAACAUCGCUGAGCUCUACGGCGCUCUGUUCUUGGACCAGAGCGUCCACCUGUUCAUGGAGGCCGGAGAGGGCGGCUCGGUCCUGGAGAAGGUGGAAAGCUGUGGCCCCAUGAGGGAGUUCGAGAUCAUCUGGGUGACCAAGCAAGUGUUGCGGGGCCUGGAGUACCUGCACUCUCACAACGUCAUCCACCACGACAUCAAACCCAGCAACAUUGUCCUGAUGUCAGACAAAGCAGUGCUGGUGGACUUCGGCCUGGCGGUGCAGAUGACAGAGGAUAUUUACAUUCCUAGAGACCUGAGAGGGACAGAGAUGUAUAUGAGUCCAGAGCUGGUUCUGUGUCGAGGACAUAACACCAAGACAGACAUCUACAGCCUGGGCACCACCAUCAUUCACAUGCAGACUGGAAGCCCUCCCUGGGUCCGCAGAUACCCACGCACUGCCUACCCAUCCUACCUCUACAUUAUUCACAAGCAGGCACCCCCUCUGGAGGACAUAGCGGAGGACUGCAGCCUGGUCAUGCGCUGUUUCUUGGAGCGAGCCCUCGAGAAGAACCCUGCUCUGCGGAGCUCGGCGUCCGAGCUGCUUAAACACGAGGCCGUCAACCCACCGAGGGAGGAUCAGCCGCGCUGCUGGAGCCUUGACUCGGCGCUAGAGGAGGCCACACAAACCAUACUACGGCAACAGAGCCAGCACCCCGACACCACACAGGAAUCGUCUCUGUACUCCGAGGACUCUGGCCACACGAGAAGAAAAGGCUCCUUGUACAUUGACCUGGGGGCCUUGUCAGGUUACUGUAAACUUGUGGCAGGGCCCCCCACCUCAGAAUAUGGCUAACACAAGUACUCCACCUGUCACCACAAGUGACAAUGUACUUUUAGCACUUCUUUGACAGUCUGACUCACUCCACACUGUCAAGGACUGACAAAUAGUUCAGACAGGAGUGGAGCUGCAGGCGACGUGGCUCAUUGAUGAACUGAAAAUGUUUACGAGAGUCAGGAUGACUUGUAAUGAAUGGAACCAGCUCAGCCUGAAAUAGACAAGACUGCAGGACAGUGGUUGGAUGAGAUCCAUUGUGAAUAAAUGAGCAUUAGUUAUUGGUGUCAUUUCCUGGAUUUCCUUGUGGGAUGUCUGUACAUGUUUUAUUUCAGUGUGGUAGUUAACACAGGAAUAAAUGAAAUGUAUUGUGUUUUUUUCAUGAAACUAUGUCUGAUAGUCUUCGACAAUAAGUUAUUCUAUCACUCAAAUUGACUAAAUGUAAGCUAUUUGUUUAAUGAAUGUGUGCACUAUGCAAACAUGUAUCAUAUGUAGUUCUUUAUGGACUUCCUCUUGUUUAUUCCAGUGGAAUAUUAAUAGCAUCACCAUGCUUUGCAAAUUAAGCUUCUGUGGAAUGUGUGUGCUGUCUGAUUUGUGUUUUUGUGUUUCUGAAAGUUUGAAAAUCUAUCAUUAUAAAAUAAAAGAGCAAUAACAUGAAAAUCCCA